UGUGAUAGGUAGCAAAGCUUAUGGGUGCUCGUAGUAAUAAUCCUACGUGAGCGUUCCGGUAAAUGGAAGAGGCUCUCAGUUGUUGUCCAACUGCCGUCACGUCGAACUAAAAUUGUCCAUUUUCUGUGCUAGCUUAAACUAAAAAAGAACGAUGUCGAUCCUAACGGGCAGCGCCAAUGCGGUGAAAUAUACGCUGUUUGGAUUUAACUUGAUCUUUUUGAUUACCGGCAUCAUUCUGAUUGCCGUUGGAGCCGGAGUUGGGGCCGUCUACACUGGCUAUGAGCUCUUCCUGGCCGGCAAGUUCUUCUCGAUCCCCACGUUCCUGAUCGUGAUCGGAUCGUUUAUCAUCGUGAUCUCGUUUUUCGGGUGCUGGGGUGCCCUGAAGGAGAACUACUGCCUGGUGCUCAGCUUCUCGAUCAUGCUGGCCAUUAUCUUUAUCCUGGAGCUGGCUGCUGGCAUUAGCGGCUAUGUGCUGCGCAACGACGCCUCCAAGUUGAUCCAAACAUCGCUGACUGCUUCGCUAAAAGAGUAUGGUGGUGACAACCAGAAUGCCACCACUCGACUCUGGGACGAUGUGCAGCGGGAAUUCGACUGCUGUGGAGUGACCUCCUACAGUGACUGGAACGUGACCUUCUCCGACGAUCUGCUGCCCAUCUCCUGCUGCAGCGUUCCCGUGGGCGCAGUGGGCAGCUUCAACUGCUGGGCCAACGUUACCAGCGUCGGCGUACGCCACGAGUACGGCUGCCUCGACGGAUUCUCCAGCUACAUUUCCGCCCACGCGGUCAGCCUGGGAGCAGCGGGCGUGGUCAUCGCCAUAUUGCAGUUCUUCGGAGUCAUCUUUGCUUGCUAUAUCGCGCGUGAGAUCAAAAUACGCAACGGCAUUACUGGCUUUAUGUAAGUCCUAAGGAUCUGGAUUCUGUGCAAUGCGAAACAGGAACUUAGGAAGCCAAGCUCAGCUGCUUACUUUUAAGACUUUAUUAAGCCUACGAAUGUUUUUAGUCCUUUAUUGAAAUUUUCUUCGGCUUGUGUGAAUAAAAAUAUAGUGUUUUGAACAAAAAUUUUACCAA